GGACCGGGGGCCUCCUCCUCACCAGGUAGGUACCUCUCUCCUUUGGCUCUGCAUCCUGGAGAUGGCAGCACCCAAGGUCGCAGUGGUUGGCGCAGGAGUCAUCGGCCUGUCCACAGCGCUGUGCAUCGUGGAGACUUGCCCCAGCUGCUCCGUGACGGUCCUUUCAGACCAGUUCAGCCCCAACACAACAAGCGAUGUUGCAGCCGGGAUGCUCAUCCCUCACACCUACUCAGGCACACCGAUCCACGUGCAGAAGCAGUGGUUCAAAGAGACCUUCACUUACCUUUUUGCCAUCAGCAACUCAGCUGAGGCAUCAGAGGCUGGCAUUCACCUGGUCUCUGGGUGGCAGGUCUUUAAAAACACUCCCAAGGAAGAGUUACCUUUCUGGUCAGAUGUCGUCCUGGGAUUUCGACCAAUGUCUGAAGCAGAACUCCAAAAGUUUCCACAGCACCGAUUUGGUCAGGCCUUUACAACACUGAAAUGUGACUGUCCACCCUACCUGCUGUGGCUGGAGAAAAGGUUGAAAGCAACUGGCGUCCAGAUGCACACCAGAAAAGUUGCAGACUUGUGGGAGCUGCACAGCGAAUAUAAUGUCGUCGUCAACUGUGCGGGCAUUGGAGCUCACCAGCUGGUGGGGGACAAGAAGCUCUUCCCCGUCAGGGGACAAGUACUCAAGGUUCAUGCUCCCUGGGUGAAAAACUUCAUCCGGGACGGGGAUGGCUUAACUUACAUCUACCCGGGGAUACACAGGGUAACCCUAGGGGGAACCAGGGAAAAGGACAGCUGGAGUCUCUCCCCUGAUCCUGGCACUACCAAAGACAUCUUUGAGAGAUGUUGCUCCCUUGAGCCCUCACUGCGGGGAGCUCAGGAUAUCAAGAUGAAGGUGGGCCUGAGGCCAUCCAGGCAGUGUGUGAGACUGCAGAGAGAGGUCUUGAGCCAAGGAGGAGUUAAGCUCCCGGUGGUCCACAACUAUGGGCAUGGGUCAGGUGGCUUUUCGGUGCACCGGGGCACAGCCAAAGAGGCUGCUCGCCUGGUGGGAGAGUGCAUUGCUGCCCUGCAAGGCUCCUUAUCGAGGGCCAAGCUUUGAAUCCCAGAGGCUACUUUUCCAUUUACGACAGGCUGGUGUUGCAUCUCCUAGUAGCAGCUUUGGACUUUUAUUCCAUUACUGGAUAGAAGGAACCUAAGACAACAGCUUGUGCCAUUGCAGAUGCUCUGUGGUAUCUCACCUGGCUUCCAGCUGCCACCUUGGAAAGGCAUGAUGGGUUGAUCCAACUAUUAGUCCAGCUGUCCUUCUCCUCCAUCUGGCAUUGUUUCUACCCUGGGCAUUUCUCCUAGCCUCCUGUUAAGGAGGAGGCAAGAUAUGUAAAUAUUCUUCACAUAACACGGAUCAGAUUGCUGCAGUGCAAUAUAAAUAACAUCAAUUUAGCAUUUCUUCAUCUGCUUCUAAAGGGUAUCGGAUGCA